AUAUGUUAACAAAAGGAUUUAUUGUUGUAAACAUAUGAAUAGAGUCCGUUAUUAUUGUCACGUAAUAUUAUAGCUAAGAUUAUAGGGGAUUAUGUGGGGAUGUGGUGACCGUUGACUGUAUAGUGUUGUUCAUUUUAUGUUUGACCUAUUUGGACUGAAGAUGCCUGGAAUGUUAUAUUGGAAAUCAUGUUUGCUAGAAGUUACUCACCAAUGGUCGACAACAAAGGGCGGAUAGAACAUAAAUAUGCACGAAUCGUGAUAAUUUGAUGUCUCGGUGAUCAAGUCGCUACAUACGAAAUUAUACGAAGAUGUUGAAGUCGUGGUUUGGAUGUUCUAUUAAAAGGGACUGUGGCUCAAAGUAAAAUGACAAAAGUCAUGGUAAUGGUCGUGACAUUGACCGCGGCUGUGGCGUGGCGGUGGCGUUAGUGAUGACUGACUAUGAAUGGCUAUGAAAAUGGCGAGAUGGCAAAAUGGCAAUUAGGUGAAUGCAACGUAUACACUAUAGAGGUUAAUAAUUGACCUAGUUAUUCGAUUACUUGAUUAUCUGACUCAAGGAUAAACAAGGGAAAUUAGGUUUUAAAAUAUUGAACUAAAUAGUUAUACAGGAGUAAGUCUACAAUAAUCGAAUUUUAUUCAAAAUAUAUUGAUAUUUAUAAAACUAUAUUUUACAGGGAGAAUGAUCGAGAUGUAGAUCGAUAUUCAAAGUAGAGAGGUCCUGUGACAGCGAUGAAGUCUUCGAUAGAAUUAUUGAUUAAGAUGACCCGUCGAAUGAACCUCGAAGAAUGACUUCAUUUGAAUGAAUAAUUAAAAGAUUUUAAUUUAAGUAGUUUAAGCAAUUUUUAGGAUAUAAGAUUCUAUAUAAGUAAUUAGUAUAUAAGAGUAACACGAUUGUUCAUACUAAUCCUUGUAUCCGACAGGGGGUAAUUUUAAAAUUGAAGAAUNGCUAAAUUUUUUUAAUGUAAUCUAGGGAAUUAAUCAGAUUUAUUGAAUAUUCUCUACAGUCGCCACUAGGGUAAAGUAUUAUUGUCAAUAGCAAUAACAAAAAAAAAAUUUUCUAGAGUCAUAAUUAUUAUUAAGUGGUAGGUAAGCGUAUUUAAUAUAAAUAGUGUAAUUUAAUAUAGCAUUUUACCCUUAAACCAUCUUGGAUUAAAUAAAUUCGAACAUAUUAGAACAAAAAUAAAUUAUAAUCAAAUUUUUAAGAAUUUUUAAGAGUUGAAACAGCACAAUAUAAUGAUAUUCGUUGGGUCUUAAGAAGCGAAGAGUAUCGUUGUCGCAAUAAGAUCAAUUUUUCGGAUGCGUUAUUACGCUGACCUUGCCUAUAAUUUAUGUCAGCAAAAAUAAAAAAAAGUAAUAAUAUGGACAAUGAUUAUUAUACACCUUAUAAUUCUUAUAUUUUCGGAAAAUUGUUAAAUUGUAAUUAUAUUGUCAUCUCAUUACUAUACAUAUUUUACUAUUUUAGUGCUAGCCUCGGGCCGAGAUUUGAAUGGAUUUUAUAUUCUAGGAACGAAAGGUUUUAACUGGUCUAUGUGAACAGGCGACUCGACCAAAAUAUUGUUUUUUGGCAGAUUUAUCAAAAAACUAUAUGGACCUAUUUUCUUUAAAAUAACAUAAGGGCCUUCAUACCUAUCUGAAAAUUUAUUACCCUUUACCGGGACUUUAACUAAGACUUUGUCUCCCGCUUUAAACGAUUGAAAAUUAUUCGAUGAUAAUAGUUUUUGUUUAGUCUGUUUGGAUUGUUUCUUUAAUAAUUGGGGUAAUGUUUUUCUAAUAUGUUUGAUUUUAUUAAUUUCAUCGAUAACGUUCCCAUCGGAAGGGGGAAUUAGUGCAAUAUCAAACAUGCUUUUAGGAUUAUAGCCGUGAACUAAAUAAAAUGGCGUAUAAUUUGUAACCGAAUGUAUUGAAGUAUUAUAGGCGUAUACAACGUAUGGUAAAUAAUCUACCCACUUAUUGUUAUCCUGAACGUAAUGUGAUAUCAUGUCUAUAACUGUUUGAUUUUGCCUCUCCACCUGACCUUGUGAAGUAGGCUUGUACGGAAUUCCGAAUUUUUUGUCUACCCCAAAAGCGUCCAUUAGGUCUUAAAAUGUCUUUGACGUAAAAUGAGUUCCAUUAUCUGAGCUAAUUAUCCUAGCUGGACCAAAUCUUAAGAAUAAGUCUAAAAGAAACUUGUUGGUACUACGCGCAUUGGCAUUUGUAAAUGGUUGAGCUACGCAAAAUUUUGAUAAACGAUCAGUAGCUACUAAAAUAUACUUAUAAGAUCUCGACUUUGGAAGAGGACCAACAUAGUCAAUAAUUAUUUCACUCAUAAUCUCACACUCAGAAAAAGAACGUUCCAUGCUUUAAUGAAAUUGAAUCAUUGUUUUUAAGCCUAGCGUGUUACUUAGUAAUAACGCUGAAAUGAAUUAAAAUAACAAUUUUUCUUUUAAAAUAAAACCACAUUCAAUAAAUUUAAAGAUUUUUUUAAUGACAUUUUAAAGAUACCGUAAUCAAAUCAAUAAAAUAUAAAUAUUUUAAACAAAGGAGUCCAUUAUUUGUUUCAUGAACACAAUUUACUUGAAUGUAAUAAAAAUAUGUUUCUUUUAAAGGAUAGGGUAAUUGAUAUAACCAAAAAGUUCUACGCUUCUAUCAUAGAGAAUCUUUAUUUUUAAGUAAAAAAUGUUACUUCAAAUCAAAACUAAAUUGAAUUAAAAUAUUAAUGUUUUACUUAAACUAAAAGUAAUUAUAACUUUGAUUUAACGGAAGUGUAGAGAAAUUAUUUGUUUACUAACCCCACUAGACAGUUUUCAUUAAUUCAAUACCCUGCCGUCUUUAUUUUAAUGACAUUUAUCGUUAAAUAAUAAAAUCCACGUUUAUUUUUAGCAUAUUUAGGUAAAUUUUUUGGAACUGUUAUUAUUGUGCUAUUAGAUAACGGUGACUAUACGCAACAUUAUUCUACACUUGGCAUUGUUUUGGUUAGUGUAUAGUGUCUAGUGAUUGUUUUUAUAACUAAAUGGAAGAAAUAAUUUUAAAUUCUGUCGUCAUUGAAAAUAAUGAAUUUUCCGAAGAAUUUUCACACGAAUCAGCUCUACUAGAUGUACUAGGAGAGUUAAAAUAUAUUUAUAUAUAUUCAAUAUAUUUAUCGGAAACAUACUUCAUUAGUGUGCCUGCACAAAAACCAAAGGGAAUAUUGUACCAAAAAUAUCAUAAUACAUUGACAAAAUUACGCAAACACAAAUUGUGGUCUCCCAUAAAAAAAGUAAAAAAAAGUUCUGAUAGUAACUUAGAGCAAACAUCUAUACUACAUAGGGCAACUAUAAAUAAUGAAUGUUUAAUUAAAGUAAAAAAAUGGCUUCAGUUUAACAUUGAGCCUAUGAAUGAAGUAAUUAUUAAAUGGGAAGAGACUUGUGAAAUUCGUAGAGAAUAUUUGUUGUCUCCAAGUAUUAACAUUAAUAAUAUUCUCGAAGAAUGGCCUAUGUACAAACAGUCAUUUGGUCACAGCUUGAUUGUUAUUGAUUUUGAAUAUAUAUAUACUUCAAAAGGAAAUUCAUUGUUUGUUAAUUGGGAUCAAUUUAUUAUUAAGAUCAUUCCGUUAAUGAUAAAUAAAAUAAAGGAUGGAAACAGCAAAUUAUUACUUAAACGUUUAAUAGAAAUAAACGAAACUGAUAUUGAAACCAGAAAUCUUUUAGUUUUAGAUCUAAUGAAUGCUUUAUUAGUUCCAACUUCCAGAUCCUAUGAAAUAGAUUCAGUUACAAAUAAGAGACGCAUUGUAAAAACAUCUAUUUCUGAUGCUAGAAAUUCGUUUUUAUUAAAAGUGGCUUCAAUGAAUGAUCUACAUGUUCAAAUUCAAUUAAAAAUUGAUAUCGCUUACAAAAAAAAAGAAAAAAUACAACCAUUCAUCUGUGUUGCUGAAACUAAUUUUGAUGAUAUCUUUAUUGAACUUCAUCAAUUCAUUGCACAUUUGAAGUAUGUUCAUUCAUUAACAUCAUCAAGUUUUUACCGUUGUGGCAUACCACAUUGUUCACAGACUUUCUCAACUUAUCGUUCAUUUUCUAAACACAUGAAAUCUGAAGUUCUUAAUAAUCAAAAUUCUAAUUGUAACAAUCCAAUAUGGUUAUUCUUGAUAAAUUUUAUUGAAAUGAUUGAUUUAUUGUUAUUGUCAAAUUUUAAUGAUCAAAUUAUUUUAAAUGUACAAAAUCAUAUCACAUAUCACAAUAAUAAAUAUGUAGAAUUAUUUCAAGACAAAUUAAAACCUAAACAUCAUUUUCUUAUCCACUACUGUAAUAUAAUAAGAAAAUCAGGCUCCUUAAAAUUUGUAUGGUGUUAUCGGUUUGAAUCUAAACAUAGACAACUUAAAGCAUACUCUAAAAACAUAACUUCAAGAGUUCAACUUCCUAUAUCUUUGGCUAUAAAAUACUCCAUUCAUUUUUCAGAUUAUAAUUUAAAUUUAAAAAAUAGUUCUUGUAUCUCGGCAAACUUAGGCUUACCACUAAAUUAUGUGAAUAUUUUGAAAAGAUUAAAAUUUUAUUUUCUCCCAAUGAUUUAUCUGUACUUAAUUUGGCACAUUGUUAUGACCAAAUAAUAUACAACAAUAUAGUUUAUAAAACCAGUCAUAUACUAACAUCUUUAAAUAACAAUCAUUUAUUGGUAUAUAAAUUGAAAAAAAUUAUUUGUUUUGAUGAGAAAGUUCUUUUUUUAUGUAUAACAUUAAAUGUACUAUCUUAUAAUAAACAUUUUGUAAGCUAUGUUGUUUCGAAUGUUGAUACUGAUGAUCUCUAUGUAUUAAAAGAUAUUAAUG